UGUGAGUUUUUCUUUUUUUUUCGAAAAUAUGGCCCCGUGUGUACGGCGCACUGUAAACAAACGCCACAACCGAGCGCAUGCCCGACGGCUGAUUUUGACAGCUCGGCGUCUCUCCGUCUCUUUCAUUCCUAUAGCCGCUAACUGAAGGCAAGCGGGUCGAAGCAAGCGAAAACUGUAAACAUCGCCCAGAAAUUGAUAACAGAACGGCAAAUUAAAGCGGAAAAUCUUGCCCCCCCCCCUCCAUCCAUCCACCCACACACAUAGAUGGGCUAAGGGCGUUGGGUGACGUGAUGUAUUCAUUUUUAGUGGCGUUUUUUGUUGUUUCUUUUUCCUGCGGUCACGACGGCGCUGAGUCAUCUUGGGUCUUCGGCAGCGGACCGUCGUGUUUCAGCAGACGGAUCAUGUGAAUGCACACAAUCAGACGUACAGUGGGCGCGUACAGUGCCAAACACACUUGUUUACUUCUCCCGCAUCUGAUCCAGCUGACUCGACGCGACGCAACGAGUGUGUGUUUGUGUGUGAGUGUGUGUGUGCGAGUGUGCGCGUGUUUAUGAUUUUCCACCGGCGCAAAACAAAAAGCGCCCUUGUUCGACUCUCGAUUUGACCGUUGCGUGCUGCGGAUUGCAACACGCAAAACAGCAGAGACCACUUUCCGUAGAGUGACGAGGUUGUUUUUUUUUAUAUAUUUUGUGUACUUGGGAAAUUUGUCCGCAAAAAAGACCAGUGUAAUACAGAAAAAGGAGGAGAGCCAGAGGGUGAACUCGAUUGCUCGUGACGGAUCGUCGGGAAAAUUCGGGUUUGUUUGUGUUUGGUUUGCAGCACAUCCGCAGAACUGCGCCACCGGAUCUGAGGGGGUGGACGGCAUUAGGCAAAACAAAAACAAUUCGCUCUUUAGCAUUAACUAGAAAAAAAAAAUCAACAACACAAGCUGCCAGCACGACUCAAGUGUGUGUAUGUGAGAACAGGUGCUAAAAUACCCUCAUUUGCUCCACAAAGAAAGGUGUGCGUGUUCGCUUUGUGAUAAGAAAAUACCUUUAUCGGCGACCAGAACGCAUUUCUCUGCCCCAUGACAACGAGAGCCAGUGUGUAAGCAGGUGUCACAGGAAGGUGGUGCGCAUAAAGAAAUGCAUCUAUUCUGAGUUUUGACCUAAAAAAGGAUUGUGCACAAAAAACCCAACGCUCUAUCAACAAUUCGGGUAUCUGCGUGCGUGUGUGUGAACAGCAUCGAAUUGUGCAGCAAAUAGCAGCGAAUCCGUACAAGUGUGUGUUCCGUUUUUGCGCGGAAGCGAAAGUGGGAAAUUCGACGUGGAAAUCAAACGGCAUGGCAUCGUCCCGCCGUCGUACAGCGGCCAUGCAAUCGAUCGGCAGCACGGCCGUGCUGCUGCUGCAGCUGCUGAUGGCAACGACAGCACAAUCAAAACUGCUGGUGAAUGGAACCGAUUGCAUCGUCCGGGAUCCGCUCUACAAUGUAACGUUUGAUUUUAAUGCGCUCAGCUCGGACCUGAACCAUCACGUGACGUCCGAGGAGAGUGGCGAGCGGUUCUUCUUUAACGUGUGCGACGACGAGCGCCAGCCGAUAACGCUCGGGUACGAGCCGCACCUGCAGCUGAACGACGGCCGGUUCCAGUUUUCCUUCACCGGCGAGCCGUGCGGCAACGGCAGCCACUACACGCUGGACAUCAUACUGCUGUGCAGCUACGAGCGUACGCCGGAGGAUUUGCGUGUCAUCCCGCACACGCCCGACCAGUGCCGGUACUUCAUCUUCUGGGAUACGCCGCUCGCCUGCCAGCCGCUGCCGACCGGGCUCGCGAACAACCGGUGCACGGUGCGGGACGGUACCGAUCGGCACGCGUUCAAUCUGCUACCACUGGCCGGUGCGAACCACGAGAUACCGCUCCCUGAUGGGUCCCGGUUUGUGCUGUCCGUGUGCAAACCGGUGCGCUACGGUCACCUGACCAUGUGCCCGCCGGGGACGGGCGUGUGCCGGGUGAAUGGAACCGAGUACCGGGACUACGGCCAGGCGGUGGCGGACCCGAAAGUGGACGCGUCCACCGGUCGGCUGGUGAUGGAGAUGCGCUCCAAGUCCGCAACCGGUUGCCCGAACUCGCUGAUUGUGUUUGAGGGAACUGUACGCACGAGUUCCUCUGGCGUACGCCGCUCUCGCUGCCGGGACACGCGGCCCUGCUCGGUGACGAAUCCGAUCACCGGCACGCAGUACGAUUUAAGCUUGCUGGCGAACCGCACCUACACGUUGAUCUCGCGGGACAAUCGGACGUACGAGCUGGGCGUGUGCCACAUACCGGCGGCUAGCCGCUGUCCGCUCGAUGCGGGCGCAUGCGAGGUGAGCGCCAAGCAGUCCGUCGGACUGGGAGCGAUCGCGUCCGAGCUGCAGUACGAAACGACCGGUGCCCCCUACCUGCUGUAUCGUUCGGGCGCCGUGUGCGACGCGACCAGCGGCCGGCGCUGGGAGACGCGGCUCGAGUUUAUCUGCGAAACGGACCCGGUGGAGGGUGGCCGCACCGGUGCGGUCGUGCCGCCGACCGUCGUGGAGAACGGCGACUGCCAGCUGGUGGUGCACUUCGAGACGGUGCUGGUGUGCGAACCGGCCCUGAUGGCCUGCGGCGCGUACAACGAAUCGACCAUCGAUCAGUACGUCGACCUUACGCCGCUCAUCGACUCGACGCGGAACUACGAGGCACGGGGCGGAGAGGCGCACGGUCGCCGCUACUUCCUCAACGUCUGCCGCCCGCUCGUGCCGCAGUAUGGGUUGAGCUGCCGGGGCGGGGCGGCCGCAUGCGAGGCAACAUUCGACGGCGUCACGGCACGCAACGAAACGACGCUCGGCUUUCCGGACGUGUCGCUCGUGGUGGCGGGCGACACCGUGCUGAUGAAGUACCUGCGGGGCGAUCCGUGCCCGCAGGAUCCGGUCACGAACCUUUCGACCACGGUGGAGUUUCGCUGUCAGCCGACGGCUGGCCGUGGUACGCCGGUACUGCUCGAGAUCGAGCACGGCUGCCACUAUCGGUUCGAUUGGGCAACGGCCGUCAUUUGUCCACCAGAGCGGGCGGUACCGUUCGAGCAGAGCAACUGCAGCGUCCACAAUGCCGCAACCGGCAGCUGGAUACGUUUGGAUGGCGUGCUGGAGGAUCUCUCGCCGUGCGACAAACGGCCCACGCCUAGCGUGGACUAUAGGGCCGGAGCUCUUAACCUGCACUAUACGGUGCCAGACGCGGUCAACUGUAGCCACACUAACGGCGUAAAAACCUUCAACGUAACCGUCGUAUGUGCUCCAGACAGCUCAUUAGAUCGUGCAGCGGUAAGUACCUGAUCGGUGAUGAAAAUUGUUUUGUCUGUACGUGGAUU